AUGACAAUGAGGUGGAAAGAGAUGGAAGUUAAGUUCUAUACUGAUAUGGAUAUGCAGUACAAGGAGGAGAUCAACGAUGAGGUGGGUAUAAGAUCUGUAGGAAAAGGGAAGGUGAAGCGAAGUGAUUUGUUUGUGAGAUUUUUAGCAUUGGUGCUAACUCUGGCGGCAGCCGUCGUUCUCGGAGUGAAUAGCCAGUCAACAACCGUAUCCGUAAAGAUCGUCCCCUCCCUGCCGCCGGUCAACUUGCCGGUCACCGCUAAGUGGCUUUACAUGUCUGCCUUUGUGUACCUUGUGAUCGCAAAUGCAAUAGCAUGUUUUUAUGCAACGAUGUCUUUGGUGCUUACAUUAGCAGCUAGGGGUGGAAAGAAGAACGUAACCUUGAUUGUAACCAUUUUAGAUAUAGUAAUGGUGGCACUUCUCUUCUCGGCAAUGGGUGCAGCGGGUGCUGUUGGUCUUAUUGGCCUCAAAGGCAACUCACACCUACAAUGGGGAAAAGUGUGUAAUGUGUUCGAUAAAUUUUGUCACCAGACUGCUGCUGCAAUUAUCUUGUCUUUCAAUGGCUCCAUAUGCUAUCUUCUACUCGUUGUGUUAGCCACUAUCAAUGUCUACAAGAAGUUUUAAGGAGACCAAGUAUUCAAUGUUGGUUACUCGAAGUUAACGAUUUAUAAAUCAUUUUGUCUUGUUUGUUUUUCCAAUAUUGAUGUAUGUCGAUCUAAUAUGUUACGAGUGUAGUAGUU